CGGCGAUCCAGUUACGUUCGCCGCUGGGGCUCCAUGGCUGUUCUAGGACGGCGGGUUCCUGACUGGCACCGACUAAUGACCCGCUCCUGGACCUGUUUGGCCAGGCAGACCCCUCAUCUCAGAGACCGUAAAAGGAUGAGUCCUUCUUUGUUUUGCAAACUAUCUACAGUACCCAGUGGAGAGAACCUUCAAGAGUCCUCCUGUGUUAGACCCAAAACGUAUGUGCAGGAACCAGAGUACAGGACACAUCUUGUUCAGUGUCUUCAUAAGGAGCAGAAGACUUUUGUGGAUCCUAAGUCCAUAGAGCUUGCAAACAUCAUCAGUUCCCUCCAGGACAUGGGUUUUGAUGAAGCCCAUAUUAACAGCUUGCUCAGUAUACAGCCAAGCGUCCAUCCUCAACAGCUGCUGGACAUAAUUUCAGAAUUUCUACUCUUGGGAUUGCACCCAGAACCUUUAUUUAUGGCUUUGAAGAAAAGUCCACAGUUACUGAAACUGUCUCCAGUGCAAAUGAAGAAGCGGUCCAGUUACCUGCGGAAGCUUGGCCUUGGAGAAGGGAAACUGAAGAGAGUGCUGCACAGUUGCCCUGAGGUUUUCACCAUGCGCCAGCGGGACAUUGAUGGUGUUGUGAGGGUCCUCAAGGAGAGGUGCAUGUUCACAGCACAGCAAAUCACUGAGCUUUUGCACAGGUGCCCAGGCGUUUUUCAGGCAGACCCCAGUGAACUAGAGUACAAAUUCCAGUAUGCAUAUUUUAGGAUGGGACUUAAGCAUCUGGACAUAGUCAAGAAUGAUUUCUUACAGUAUUCAAUAACCAAGAUCAAGCAGAGACACAUGUACCUGGAACGCCUUGGACAGUACCAAACCCCUGAUAAGAAGGGACAGACACAGAUCCCUAACCCUUUACUGAAGGACAUUCUCAGGGUUUCUGAAGCUGAGUUUUUGGCCAGGACAGCACGUUCCUCUGCCGAGGAGUUUGAGGUUUUUAAAAAGCUCUUGGAUAGAGAAGAAGAGGAAUCUGAGAGCCAUGCAUCAGAGGAAGAGGAGGAGGAUGAUGAUGAUGAGGAAGAUGAAGAGCAGCUGUGAUGGAGGAUGGGACAAAAGGGUCCAGAGAUGCUGGAGAUCAUUCCCGUACUCUCAAAGCUUUGGGGCGAUCACCUGGAUCUUCGAGCAUUUUUCAUACUAAC